CUCAAUCAGGAAGUGAAGAAAACAACUACGAAGAAUAAGUUGGAUAAAAUUCAUCAUUUCUGUUGUUUUCACCCGAGUCUUCGUUCAGAAUCUGUCGGUGUAUUUGUGGUUUGGACUGAGGAUAAAUAAAACAUUCACGGUCAUGGAGAGUAUUUGCCCUUGUUAGAAGAACCAUCUCAUAGACAGCCAGCUCGUAGGUGGCGGUAAAAAGGCGCAUAGUCUAAAUCAGCUGGUGGUCAUGUGUGAAGCUGUGGUCUGAUGCCCACCCUGACCUCAGCGCUGGCCAUGGACGGGGAGAACUACCUGCAUCCAGAAGGUCCUCAGCUGGACAGCAGCUUGUUCUCUGUGGCCCCCUCAAACACUGAGACUUCAAUAUAUGCCUCUUCUGGUUCCUGGGGAUCCUUCUCUCAGCAGGCUGGAUACAGCAUACACUGCCCUAUGCAAUCUGGAAACCAGCAAUACCACUUGAACAGCAGCACUACCACCAAUAUUCCAGAUAUGCACAUGGACAUCUACUCUGGACUCCCUGAUAUGGACUUUUCCCUCAGCUUCCCAAGGAAUGGAGAUUUUCCCCAGGAUCUGUCUUACAUCGAUGACUUCUCCGGGAACUCGCUGUUCUCCUCACCGGCUGACUCGCUAUCAGAGUAUGCCGAUACCCAGUCCUUCAUCAGCACAGACAACCUGGACACAGUGCCCACGCUCUGGGAUAUCAACACUAGUAACACCACCACACCAGCACAGAGCAGCUUAGAGCAGAAUGGCACCAGCAGGUUUCAAGGCUUGGCCAGUUUGGAUGAUAUAAGCGCUAUUAUCAGCACUCCACCUUUAGGAGGACUCCAGGCUCAAAGAACCCAGCCACCACCAGAAGAGGAAGAUGAUGCUGAGGAGGAGGAGACGGAGGAACUUGGACAUGUUGACACAUAUGCUGAGUACAAACCCUCCAAAUCCACUAUAGGAAUUUCUCAUCCAGACAUAGUGGUGGAAACAAAUACGUUAUCCAGUGUCCCCCCACCUGACAUCACAUACACUCUAUCUAUCCAUGAAUCAACUAUUAACAGCGGCAUGCUGUCUGCUCUGCAGCUCGAGGCUGUCAUCUAUGCCUGCCAGCAACACGAGGUAAUUCUUCAGAACAACCAGAGGGCAGGCUUCUUGAUCGGCGAUGGGGCAGGCGUCGGGAAGGGGCGCACUGUGGCAGGAAUCAUCUUAGAGAACUACCUUAAGGGGAGGAAGAAAGCACUGUGGUUCAGCAUAUCCAAUGACCUGAAAUUUGAUGCAGAGAGAGAUCUCAAAGACAUAAAUGCACUGAAUAUUCCUGUGCAUGCCUUAAACAAGAUAAAGUAUGGAGACACAGCUACCUCAGAAGGAGUCCUGUUUGCAACUUAUUCAGCGCUGAUUGGAGAGAGCCAGGCGGGAGGGCAGCACCGGACGAGAAUUAAACAAAUCCUGGACUGGUGCAAACCAGACUUUGAUGGAGUUAUUAUUUUUGAUGAAUGCCACAAAGCCAAGAAUGCCACAUCUACAAAGAUGGGCAAGGCAGUGCUUGACCUGCAAAGCAAGCUGCCACGGGCCAGAGUGGUGUAUGCCAGUGCCACAGGUGCCUCUGAGCCAAAGAACAUGAUCUAUAUGAGCCGCCUGGGAAUAUGGGGUGAGGGCACACCUUUCAGAGCCUUUGAUGACUUCCUGCACGCCAUUGAGAAAAGAGGUGUUGGGGCCAUGGAGAUAGUUGCCAUGGACAUGAAAGUGAGCGGGAUGUAUAUUGCCAGACAGCUGAGCUUCUCAGGGGUUUCUUUCCGGAUUGAGGAGAUUGGUCUGGACAGUGAUUUCAAACAGGUGUAUAAUGAAGCUGCCAAACUGUGGGCGGAAGCGUUGAAAGUCUUCAUGCACGCAGCCAACGAGCUGGGCCUGAGCAGCAGGAAGUCUCUGUGGGGGCAGUUCUGGUCUUCUCACCAACGCUUCUUCAAAUAUCUCUGUAUCGCUGCCAAAGUCCGCUGCCUCGUGGAGCUGGCCAAGAAAGAGCUAGAGGCUGGAAAGUGCAUUGUUAUCGGGCUGCAGUCCACUGGAGAAUCACGCACCAGAGAAGUCUUGGAUGAGAAUGACGGGCAUCUUGACAGAUUUGUUUCUGCAGCAGAAGGAGUAUUUCAUUCUCUUGUAAUGAAGCAUUUCCCAUCAGAGAAACAGAGGAGAGAGAAGGCACCGGGAAAUAAGAGGAGACGGAAGCCCAGAGGUCGCCAAACCAAGGUGCCCAAGCACACAGUGGACAGCGGCGGCGUGAUCAACAUCACUGAUGACAGCAGCACCGACUCCGAUGGCAUGGACACAGACUCCAACUCCUCACCAGACUCCCUGCAAGACAACGAUGACGUCAUCUUUGUCAACCACACUAGCCUACAGUCAGCAAGGAUAGAAGAGAUGAAACAGGGCCUCCUCAACAAAAUAUCAGAACUGGGAAAAAAACUACCUCUCAAUACAUUGGAUGUGCUCAUUGAUUUGUUUGGAGGACCAGAUAAAGUCUCUGAGAUGACUGGUCGCAAAGGUCGUGUAGUGCGACGUCCAGAUGGCAGCGUGCGUUACGAGUCACGAGCUGAGCAAGGUCUCACAAUAGACCACAUCAACAUCAAGGAGAAGGAUCGGUUCAUGAGUGGAGAGAAGUUGGUGGCCAUCAUCUCAGAGGCAGCCAGCUCUGGGAUUUCCCUUCAGGCAGACAAGCGGGUGAAAAACCAGAGACGCCGGGUCCACAUGACCCUGGAGCUGCCUUGGAGUGCAGACAGGGCUAUUCAGCAGUUUGGUCGAACUCAUCGGUCCAAUCAGGUGACAGCGCCAGAGUACAUCUUCCUCAUCUCUGAGCUGGCUGGGGAGAGACGCUUUGCCUCCAUUGUGGCAAAAAGACUAGAAAGCUUGGGUGCAUUAACCCACGGAGACAGAAGAGCCACUGAAUCCAGAGACCUGAGCAAGUACAAUUUUGAAAACAAGUAUGGUAACAAGGCACUAGAUAAAAUCACCAAAGCUAUUCUUGGCCACAUAGACAACAAGGUGCCCCCUCCCAAAGGAUACCCUGGGGGUGAUGCCAUGUUCUUUAGAGACAUGAAAGAGGGAAUGAAGAAUGUGGGCAUCUUUUGUAAUGAGCCUCGUCUUGGGAUCAGCACUGAGAAAGACUGCAGCAUCACCAAGUUCCUGAAUCGCAUCCUGGGUCUGGAGGUCCACAUGCAGAACUCUCUCUUCCAGUACUUCAUUGAUAACUUUGACUACCUGAUUGAGAAAGACAAGAAGGAGGGCAAAUAUGACAUGGGAAUACUAGAUCUUGCUCCGGGUAAUGAUGAGAUUUAUGAGGAAAAGCAGGAAACUUUCCUGACACCUGGAAAUCCUCAGGAUGGACAGGUUGUUCUUUAUAAGAUCAGCGUGGACAGAGGAAUGCCCUGGGAUGAGGCCUACAGUAGGUCACAGAAGCUUAGUGGUCCCGAUGAGGGAUUCUAUCUUUCCCAGAAGCUGCGAGGUAACAGCCCAUGUGUGCUGCUAGCUGAACAAGGAAGAGGCAAAAACUUCAUUGUCUACAAGCCCAACAUUGGCAAGCAGACCCACCCUGAGAGCCUCGACAACCUGCUGCAACGUUACCGGAAGGUAACUCCUGAGGAAGCCAAUGAGAUCUGGGAGAACCAGUUCACCUUCUCUUUCAAGAAGUGUAGUCACGCUAACUGGAAUGGAAAGUGUAAGAAGAUUGAAGAAGGGCAGGAGUGUCUGCAGGGCAUGCGCCUCCGUCAGUACCACAUGUUGUGUGGAGCUUUGUUGCGGGUGUGGAAGCGGGUGUCCGACGUGGUGUCUGACAUCACCAGCUCCAGCAUCCUGCAGAUCGUCCGCCUUAAAACUAAGCAGCACAAUAAGCAAGUUGGCAUCAAGAUCCCAGAGAACUGCGUGGCACGUGUGCGUGAGGAGCUUCUGCAAAUGGACGAGGAGGUGAAGAAGAGGCGAAAAGAGAAGGAGCGGCAGGAGCAGAUGCGUAAAAUAGAGCAGGAGAACAAGCACCUCCUGGCAAAUCUGUUCAGUCAGAAACCCCUUCUCAACCAGUCCCUUGCUCAGACUCUUGGUCAGAGGCAGAUGCAUAAGCAGGAACUAAACCAAUACACUCUACCGAGAACUCAUAUGGGGAACAUCUCUCAGCUACAGGGAAUGCAAGCCCAAAACCAGUCUGCCUUGCAGCAGUUCCCCCAUAAUUUGUCCAUGCUGUCCUUACAGAGAAAUCUCAGCCAAACCCAGCAAAACACCCACAACAGCUGGCCCAGCAAUUCCACCUCCUCCACCAACAACAGCUCCCUGUCCAAUACAUUCGAUUUCUCCCAGUUUUGCCCCCCGUCUUUUAUAUCCCCUUUUCAACAACCGACGAACCCGUCUCUUGAACUCCAGACUACGCAGUCCCCCAACUUGUCUUCCAAGAAUUCCCUGGAAGAGAUCUUGGACCUGACCAUGAGCUCACCAUCCCCCUCACCAGAAAACACAGAGGGUGGGCUGAGUCUGGACAACCUGACGGCCAACCACGUAAACUUUGUUGAUAACUUUAAUCUAGAGGCUCUGAUUUCCCAGAGUGCUACGAACACCCAGCCAGCUGUACCAACACAACAGCCUCUGAGUCUUCAUCAGCAGCAGCAGCAACACCUGCAGGCCUCGCAGCAGCAGAAUCACAACCUGCUGGCCAAUAACGACCACCAUGACUUACUAGAUUUAUUUGCCUCACACCUGACUCCCCAGAUGCCCACACAGAAAGCCAGCCCUUCGUCCUCUACCUCCUCCUGCUCUUCUACGUCCUCCACCUCUUCUGUAUCAAACAACCUGGCCUCUUUCUUUCCCAGCCCGUCCUCCUCCUCCUCCUCUUCACUGUUUUCCAACUCUUCCUCUUGCUUCCCUUCGACCUAUCACCUCCAACAGUCAGACUCUGCUUCGUUACCAAACGGCCACUGCAGCUCCGGCGCUCUAGACGUCCGUGAGGCUCUAAACAGCAUGCUACAGGCCGGGCCAGACCGCAAGUCUGUCAUCCGGUACCAUCAACAAGACUAAGAGCUUAAACAGUCACAACUUGUACGAACUUUGGGUUUUUUUGUUUGUUUUUUUGGUGUUUUGACUUUAAAAAGUAGAUUGCAUCUUGUUUGCUGCUGUCUAUAUUUGCGACCUUGGACCUAUUCCCUCUCCCCUCAGGGCCUUUAGUCAAGUCACUGCCUGUCCUGCGCUGGCCUAAUCCUUCUAUCCAUCUGUAGCGUUCACCGGCUCAUGGCUGUCGAGACGAUGGCAGAUUCGAUCAGUAUCAGAUUUCUGCACCAAAGUGCGUCCUCCACGGUAAAGGCAGCUGUUCAUUUUUUUUUUUUUUUUUAACAAAAAGGAAGUGGAAAAACUAAACAUGCGAUAAAUGUCCAAACAUCCGUUGAGAUGUGGAAAUCUCGCAUAAACCUCCUGCUGCUGAUUUUAACGAGGUAAGAUCGGUGAUGUUGCUGGAAGCUCGAAAUGCCUUUCACCAGUUUGAACCACACCUACAGGCUCUGCUUUACUGUUACUUAGCUGUUCAUUGCUGUUUGAAAAAAAAAAGAAGAAACAAGAGAUAGUGCUGAACUGGAAGAAGAACGGAGAAAAAGACAUGAAAUCUUUUAACUGAUUAGCCAUGAAAUGCCUCAGUUUUCGGUUUUCCUCAACGUGCUCCCUCUUGGAUCUCUCCCUGCCUGUAUGAACACUAGUGUGAGGAAAAAGAGAGAGGAAGAGCAUUCUGCUGUUGCAAACAGUGCCUUCAGAGAAAUCUAUAAAUGCAGUCUUUAAAGUUCAUGUAGCCUAAUGUAUAGAUUUGUACUCCUGAACAGUGGUUUUAAUAUUAAUUUAAUAUGAUAUAUUUGUAUUUAACUUUUGGCCCCCUCAGUGAGUCAGUCGGUUAGUUUUAUGUUGCAUGAUGCUGGUGUUGGGUUUCAGUAAGACGCCUCCAUGUAGCCUGUAAAUGCCUGCUAGAUUGUUAUGAAAACUGCCCUUUGGAUCAGAAUUAGAAAAAAAAACUUAAUGUCAGGAAAAUUCUUUUUAAGUUAGUAAAGAUCGUAAAAGUGUUACAAUGAAGAUGCAAUAAAAUAAGAGGGAAGCGUGGUGGUUGAACAACCCAGUGGAUGACAUUGCACUCGGAUGGCUGGUUAGCAGAAAGAGGGACGUAACAGCAAGCGCGGCACGUAAAAACUCACUGCAGAGGGGAUGUCGUCCUGUGGCUAACGGCUGAAUAUGAGGGUUGUAAAACUGUUCAAACUGCCUGAUGGGAAGCGGAGUAUUUUCAAGCCGCCACAUAUCUGCAAAACACAUAACACUACGCUCGCUAAGGCUGUUAGCUUCUCCAUCCUUUUGCCCCGCAAUCUCACAUUUCACAUGAUGACAGACAGGAGAAUAUUCGUCUCUGUUGAUGCACCCUGAGCGUGCUCUCCUCUUGAUUUCUGCAGGUUUAGUAAGCUUGUCCUUUCUGUCCCCGUUCCCGAGGCUUAGUGGCAUAGUUGGUUGUUUGGCAGAAUUGAUACCAAUAAAAUUAACCCCCCCACCUCUUUUAUUUUUUUUUUUUUUUACAUUUAUAGACGUGACAAUAACAGAUUUGUGAUGCGACUCCCGUUUUGAUUUGGGGUGCCUCAGGAAAGUCUUGAGUCUUUUUGUGUGUGUGUCUGUUUGUAUAUGUGUCAUUGGGAACUUCAUCAAUAUCAGAUUUUUUUAAUACCAAUGGUUAAGACAGAAUAUAUUGUCUUUAUCAUGUUAAGUUCUGAAAAAGAGAUCCCUGUUAGUUUUUAAUAACUUAAUUAUGCCUUCUUUAAUGCUGGGUUCCAGUGGAGUUCAACAGAUUGCAACUAUUUAUCUAAAUUUUGUCCAUUUCAGCCUUGAAACACAUGAGCUCAUCACAUUGAGUGUGUGAUAGUACCUGUAUUAUCUGGCCAUCUUUUUGUGAAAGCGAUGCACUGGUUUGUGACAAAAAAUGCCAGAAGUUCAAGUGAUCAAAAAGCAAUAAAAUCAUGUCAUACAUCAGUCGUGAAAUGGAAAUGCCUAAGCAAUGUUUACGCUCAACAGGCAAAGCUUUGUGAUUAUCUUUGCAUGGUUUCUUGUUUCUGUUGUGCUUCAUUCUGAAAUGCUUACAACUUUUUGUAAAAUACAUUUUGACAGAAUGAGCGCGAUGCGUUCUCAAUGUUUUAUUCAUCGUUAUAUAAAAAGUUAUUUAUAUUUAAGGGAUAUUUAGAUUUUAGAUACGUUAUCAUCUUGCUUAAUAUAAUAGUUAACGACAUGUUCAGUCAGGGACGUUACUCAUUUUCAAGAUUACUAUAAAAACAAAUUCUAUUAUAACCUGCCACCAAAUAAGAUUGCACUGUUCUGUACUGCUGUACAGUGUCUGGAUUUAUUCUGCUUUUCUUAGUUUUGCUUUGCUCUAGUAGAAACAUUUCUCUGACUUGUAGACCUACGUCAGGCCUUCGGUUUGCAGAGAUACCAAAGUGUUCCACAAACACCCCUGAAGUUACCGGCUCUAAGAUACGAGACCUUUUAUCAAUCUCAGGAAGAAAACCUAAAAGAGGUGUAACAUUGGGGCGUUACCAGAAAUAUAUAAUUUCCCCUUUUAACAGUGGUGAAACUAAUGCGUACAUGGUCUGUUUUUUGUUUCUUUUCUUUAUGUUUUUUUCUUGACUAUGUGCUGUGACCUUGCUGUAUUUAUAUUUUAGACUUAAUGUGAUGGGUUUGUUGUUUGUCUUUGUGAAAAUGUCAGUGAUUCUAAAUGUUUAUGCCAUCUUAGGGCAAAGAUCAAAGGCUGUUUCUUUUUAAGAAGCAUUAUCUUUUCUUUGUUUUUUUAUUUGCGCUGCAGCUCUCAGAACAUUUUCAUUCAUGCAAACGCUGACAGACGUUGGCGUCGAGUCACACCUGGGUCAUACUGUAAUGUGCAAUUGAUCUAUCCCUGCCUCCAUCCCCCUCCCUCAGUGGAACAGAUGGUUAAAUUUAGGAUUAGACAAACUCAAUAUUAGUCUUUUAGUUGCAAAAUCUCCCCUCUGUAAGUUUCCCUUAUCCGCUCAUCUACUUUGCUUUUGAUAUUCCUCCUCGGCCACAUUCCAAGACAUCAGUCUGCAAACAGUUUUGCCUUUCAUUUUGUAUUUGUUUGCAAAAAUACAGCUUUAUGCAUUUGAGGGAUAUGGAUAGCAAUUUCUGGAAAAAUAAGCCUUUUUUUUCAAAUGAUUCUUUAUUUGUGUAGUUAGGCCUUUAAUCGUUUUUAUUUUUUUGCACUAAGUAUGGCAUAAUCCAGUUACUGUUCUCGUGUUGGUUAUGAUGAACAGUACAAGCUUGUUCCUGUUCCUUAAUGGAUUGCUCUGUGUAUACUGUAACCAUCUUUUCUUGUUUCUCCACCAUUUGCAUAUUAUAUAAAUGUUAUCUCUUUGAAAUAAUUUAUUGCUAACAAAAAAAAAUGAAACAAAAAACAUGCUACUGAUUGUAUGUAUUUUUAAACAAAGCCUAUUUUUUCUGUAUAAAACAAAAACUGUGUUUAGCACUUUUAUCCUGGGUUGUGCUUUUUGUUUUCUAUAUAUUUAUAAUUUAGAUCCAAAUGUAUAUAUUGUAAAAUUUGUGCCUUUCAACUAAUUCUUUAAAAAGGUUUUCUACUCAUUAAAGGAAGGACUAUAUAAAAAUGCAAUCUUAACUUUGUAAACAAAUAAAAAAAAAAGAUUGCUGAAACUGAA